AUGACGACAGUUGCUCUUCCCUCAUCUACCCAUGUUUGCCUGCGACUGGCCUCUAUCCAAGCAGAUAUACAGGUAGCUGAAUUACAAGUACUAUCUCUACUAGAAAGAGAAACCCUGAGCCAGCACCUGGAGUUUCUCAGGCUCUAUGGAGAUGACACAGAAGCUGAAGAUCAGAUCCUUGAAAGUCUGAAUGGGAUUCUCCUGGCUCUUACUGAAGAUAAGCAGAGAUCCUUCGGUCUACUCAGAGAAAGUGGGAUCUUCCUAACUUUGGCAAAAAUCCUCAAGGGCAAUCCACAAUGUGCAGUGAAAGCAGCCCAGGUGCUCUCAGAGAUAGCCAAGAACGAUGAAAUGAAGAAACCAUGUAUUGAAGCAGAUUUGGUUUUAACUUUGAUACCUUUGCUGGAGAGCACAGACCAAGAAAUGUUGCUUUAUGCUGGGCGGGCUAUUGGCCGUAUCUGUUAUGAUAAUCGUGAUCUUCAGGAACAGCUGGUGAAGGUCGGAGUAAUCGCAUCACUAGUCCGAAUACUGACUGAUUACGCAGAGAGUGAACCGCUUGUCCAUGUUGAUCUGCUGGCCUUAUGCAACCUUGCAGACCUUGAUACAGCCAAGGAAGCUCUAAGCAAGACAAACAUUGCUGAACAGCUGGUGAAACAACUGAGAAGAGCAGAGAACCACGAGAGGUUGGAAAUUGUCUUUGAGGUCCUGCAAGCACUUGCAGAAAACGAUGCUCUGAAAGUUCAGUUGGUGGAGGCAGGCGUGCAAGAGGUGCUGUCUGAGAUCCUGCUGAGGCUCCAGGGUAGUUCACAAGCUGAAGAUACGUGCAUUGUGAAGGCCGCAUCAGACCUCAUCGUCUCUCUGCUUCUCGGAGAUGGUAACUGUGGACGAAUGGUACAGCUGGGAGUCAUACAUCAGCUUCUGGACCUUCUGGAGAAACACGUAGAGAGUGAGGACAUCUCUGUUCAACACGCUGCACUCAGUGCACUUCGAAACCUAACCAUACCAGUUGUUAACAAGGUUCAAAUGCUGGAGGAAGGUGUGGCAGAACGGAUCAAUGCACUUCUAAGGUCCAAGAUGCCUCCUGCGCAGUUUAAACUUCUUGAAACGCUGCGGAUGUUAGCAGAUGGACAAGCUGAUGCAGCUGAGAUCCUGGGCCAAGACCCCACGCUGCUCAACAGACUUGUGCAGUGGUGCAACCCUAACGACCACACCGGUGUUCACGGAGAGGCAAACCGGCUGCUGGCAUCGAUCCUGCGGCACAACAGAUCCCAAGAAGUGGUCAAAGCCAUCCAGGAGGCACAAGGCGUGAAGCAUCUGGUUUCCAUGACAACAAGCGAGCACACUGCCAUGCAAAAUGAGGCUCUGAAUGCCUUGGCAAUAGCAUCUGCCAUUGAUUUAGAAACCCUUGAAGACUCUUUUAAGGAAUCACAGCUAGUUCAAAGCUUACAUAAACUUCUACAAGAUGAUAAGACAACUCCUGAGGUGAAAUAUAAUUCAAUGGCUCUUUUGUGCAGUCUUCUUAAUUCAGGUGAUCUGAGACAAGAAAUAGAAGAGGACAAGAUUAAAGAAACCCUCGAAGAACUCUGCAGCCACAGCAAUCCAAAUGUAGUCAAGGAAGCUGUCACAACACUACAGGUUUUGAGAGGAGAGACACCCCACUAA